AUGACUUCUGAUUCGCCCACAACCGUCGUAGCAAGCCCAAGGGUGCACCAACUUCUUCAGAGGCUGCACUCAUUGUCGGAAACCCAAGAGAAGUCCUUCUCUCAGAUAUUCUUUUACGUAUCUCGGCUUGUUCGCUUCUUGGUGUUCCGUGAGAUAUGGUCCUCUGCGGCUGAGGAGCACAUGAAGGACAAAUUUGUUGCUUUAGAUGCCGGCAAAUGUCGAUUUAUCUAUCUCUUGGCAAGGAGUCUGGGAGCACGCAACGUGGUUGAGGCGGGUACUAGUUUUGGGGUCUCGACGAUAUAUUUGGCGUUGGCUGUGGGUCAGAAUAUGGCUCAAGGAAAGAGCUCUCUUGGAGCUACCACAAUCGCAGGGAAGGUGAUUGCUACAGAAAAGGAACAUGCCAAGGCAGUCAGAGCGAGGGAAUAUUGGAAGGAGGCGGGAGAUGAAGUAGAACCGUGGAUUGAGCUCCGCGAGGGGGAUUUGCUGGAAACCCUGAAACUUGAAGAGGGUAUGCCGCAGGAAAUUGACUUGCUGCUGUUGGAUAGUAAGCUACACUUUGGCUUCAUUCCCUCUAACUUUGCAAUCACCUCUUAA